AUGCCGGAAUUACCGACGGAUGAAAAACCGAAAUCAUCGGAACAAAUUGAUUUAGAUGAAGCUGAAAAUGCAUUAUUAGGAAAAGAUUAUCAAACUGCAAGAGAAUUAUUAGAAAAAUUGGUUAAAUUAGAAGCAAAAGUUGAUGAUGAAGAAUCACUACGAAUUAAAGAAUCAGCUAUUCUUUCACUUGGAAAAGUUUUUAAGGAAACAAAAGAUGCUAAAGGUUUGGCAUCAUUGAUUAAAACAACUCGUCCAUUUCUUGGUCUUGUUAGCAGAGCUAAAGCAGCUAAACUUGUUCGAACUUUAGUCGAUCUUUUUCUUGAUAUGGAAGCGGGUACUGGUGAAGAAGUUACAUUAUGUCAAGAAAACAUCGAAUGGGCAAAAAGUGAAAAUCGAACAUUUCUUCGACAAGAUCUUGAGGCACGUCUUGUAGCUUUAUAUUAUGAUACAAAAAAAUAUAAUGAAGCACUUACACUUGGUUCUCAAUUACUUAAAGAAUUAAAAAAACUUGAUGAUAAACAAUUACUUGUUGAAGUUCAAUUAUUGGAAAGUAAAACGUAUUUUGCUUUAAGUAAUAUACAAAAAGCAAGAGCUGCAUUAACAUCAGCAAGAACAACGGCAAAUGCAAUUUAUACACCACCAAAACUUCAAGCUAGUCUUGAUUUACAAUCAGGAAUUCUUCAUGGAGCUGAAGAUAAAGAUUUUAAAACGGCAUUUUCAUAUUUUUAUGAAGCAUUUGAAGGUUAUGAUCAAAUUAAUAACAGUAAAGGUGUUACUGCUCUUAAAUAUAUGUUAUUAUCAAAAGUGAUGAUGAAUCUACCUGAUGAUGUUAAUGCAUUAAUGUCGGUAAAAUUAGCAUUAAAAUACAGUGGUCGAGAUGUUGAAGCAAUGAAAGCAAUUGCACAAGCAAGUAAGAAACGAUCAUUAGCUGAUUUUCAACAGGCAUUGAAAGAUUAUAAAACAGAAUUAUCUGAUGAUCCAGUAGUUCAUUCACAUUUGGGUACAUUAUAUGAUAAUUUACUUGAACAAAAUCUUAGUCGUUUGCUUGAACCAUUUUCUAAUGUUCAAAUUGAACAUAUUGCACGUUUAAUUGAUUUACCUCAAGAUGUUGUUGAAAAAAAACUUUCUCAAAUGAUUUUAGAUAAGAAACUUAGUGGUAUACUUGAUCAAGGUUCUUCAAAUAUCGUUAUUUUUGAUGAAACACCAACGGAUACUCAAUAUCAAGAUGCACUUGUUAUUAUUCAAAAUAUGUCAAAAGUGGUUGAUACUCUCUUUAUUUGUGAGCGUCAAACUCCUCCUUCACAUCCUAUAUGGCCAAUUGGAUUUAAAACCGACGCACUAAUAACCGCUUUUGAUGACGAUAAUCAACCUCAUCCUCAUCGUAGUGUAUUUUAUUAUACCUAUACAAAUCAAACACUUAGUGGACGCUUACAUGGUCAAGAACGACAUGAUCAUUUUGGUUAUUGUUAUGGUUGGGCUUUAAAUGAACCAAGUUGCAUUAUUUUAAUUACCAAUAAUGUUUACAUUGUCGCUCGUAAUCUUUGUUGUGUAGCUAUGCCAGGAAAUUUUGGUGUGCCUAUUACUUGGCUUAGAGGUGCAACAUGGCUUGGAAUAGAACAAAUCCAUAACAAAACAGUUGAUCAUUGGUAUUCGUAUGACCAUGAAUAUUGGAGUGAAGUUGAUGAACCAAGAAAUGGUGUUCGUUAUUCAGGACCAAACUUUAAAACACCACGUCAAUUUACUGAUUAUGAUAAUUGGGAAAUUGGUCCACAAGAUCCACGUCUUUUUGAUUUACCAGAAAAUACCGAUUGUGAUCAACCUUGUUCAUAA